GUUACAGCCUAAUGGGGGGCUGCCUAGGCUUCUGAGGUGAUGUUGGAGCCAAUGAAAGUCUAGAACAUGCUAGGAAGGGUGGCCCAAAGAGGUAGUUGUGGACUGGGUACCUGCUGUGAUCUAGCUACAAGGUUGUAUGUGUGCCCAUAGGUGCCAGAUACCUUUUAAACGCACUUUGAGAUCAAUGGAUAAAAAGCACUCUAGAAGCGCUAGGUAUUAUUAACCGCCAUUGACCCCCUUCUUCCCUCCCGCCUUAGCUACCCCUUUUUGCCCAUUGGUCACUCUAUCUAGAGUUCUGUAUCAUGCCUGCUCCAUAGCAGAGCAUCUGAAGUUAGAGUAGUUUGAUGUGCUAAUAGGACUAAUAGAAGUAUAUAGUUCUGCCAGGUCUGGGACACUAAAAUCUAUAUGCCAUGCACAUCUGCCCAUGCCAGUUCUGCUGUCAGUGACACCAUUGUAACUAUUAAAGUCACUGAAGUUACUCUGGUUCUUACAUCUGUCCACCUGAGAGUAGAGCUGGCCCAACGUAUAUAAGAUCUGACAUGGGAGUAGGAAGGCAUAUAUUACAUAUGCCUGGUUGCAUAUUGACUUCAGUGGAGUUACUCUGGUUUUACACUUCUUGGCCUGUUGAGCAGUAUGUAGUAGGGAAUCCUUCUGCACCAGGUCAGGUUUAUCUUUUUACUGUUAACUGAUGAAUUGGAAUGGGUUCAGGUGGGCCCUUUACCAUAGCAGCCUUUGUGCCCAAAAAGGAAAAUCUGAGUUCUCAUUUAAAAAAACAAAACAAAAAAAGUCUGUUGCUCCUUUCCCUCCCUGCCAUCCAGCAGAUGCCCACUUCCUAAUCUCCAUUUCUCUUUGAAACUGGUGGUGGGCUGGGAGGUCAGAUGGGUGCUCAAGCUUAAAGUCCUCUCCUAAUAAAAAACAGAGCUGCUGACAGGGCAUUCUCCAGGAGAGGCUCAGAACUUCUGAAUUGACUUUGAGUAAAUCCCUUGAGCUUUGCGCCUUAGUUUACCCAUCUAUAAAAUGUAAAUACUUUCCUACUACAUUUGAUGUUAUAUAGUUUUAACUGACAUUUGUAAAGUGCUUUGAUGUCCUUUCAUGAGAUAUAUACCAAUGCACAGUAUGAUUUAAAAUAUAAAAUAAUUACAUUGGAGAACAAACAAAGGUAGUUAGUUUCUUAGAUAAGGAUUAAAUUUAAUCCCAAGGCAGAGCUCUAUAAAUCCCAUUACUUCCUUUCCCCACUCCACUGCUAUUUCUCUUAAGUCACAGCCCCUUUCUUUUACUUAAUGUAUUCUAAACAUAUAUAAUAAAUUGUUCUUUUUAAACACAUCCACCACCCCCCAAAUCUUUGAGACUUGCAAAGUAUCUGUUAUUUAAUUAAGAUAAAAUUCAUCUACUGCUUUUCUUUAAGUAAGGAAAUGAGACACUUGUGGUAACCACUGUUUAGUAAAACACUACUUAGACCGCUGAAUAGAAGGAUUUAGAGUAAAGUGAAACUGGCUGCUGAUUGCAUGAAAAAGAACUAAUUAUAUGGAAGACACUUCUUAUGAAGUGGAAUUCACAAAAGGUUUUGGCUGCUCCGCAGGUGACUGCGGUUGCGGUGCGAUGCGCAUCCAAGAAGAGUGGAGGCAGCUCAAAAAAUCUCGGUGGCCGCAGCCCCGGGAAACGCUAUGGCUAUAAGAAAACAGAGGGCGCCUUUGUUCAUGCAGGCAACACAUUAGCCACCCAACGGAUAAUACGCUGGCAUCCAGGGGCUCAUGUGGGGAUGGGUUGUAACAAGACUCUCUAUGCUCUGGAGGAUGGGAUUGUGCGAUUCACCAAGGAGGUUUAUGUGCCACCACCCCGCAGCCAAGAGAGCAGGGAAGUGAUCUGUCGUCUACCAAAAGGGGUGGUGCUUUACAAAACCUUCAUCAACGUUGUCCCCACCAAAGAAGUGGGGAGCUUCAAGCUAGUCACCAUGCUCUGAGGCUCUGCUGCCCCACGCAGUAAUGACUGGUGGGGUGGGACUGAUCACCGUGACAAACCUGGCACUCAGUCAAAAAGAUGCCUGGAGGACUCCUCUAGAUCUGAAAUGAUUUGUUGGCAACUCCAGUUUCCUGCUCCUAGAACUCAUUGGGUGUAAAUUUGAGAGUUACAAGGUAAUCCGGACCGCCCUGAAGUUUUUUGGAGAAAUAUAUAUCAAAUAGAUGUUCUGGGGUUCUCUAACAGCGUGAGGGUGUUUGUGGAAUAAAUGUAAAACAAAAAGGGCUCAGUAAAGCUGCCUUUCCUUUCUGGACAGCUGUGCUCCAGUCCAGCCAGAUAUACUGCAAUUUCUGCACAGGAAUUCUUCAUUUCUAGGUACAGCCAUUUUGAUUCUCAGCAUUCCUUGGAACGGCUCCUGUCCUAACUGCACCUGAUGUACACUGGGAAUUCUGA